AUGGCUGCCGAAUUAUACAGUCAUAAACUAUCAGAAUCCAAAUUCAAGAAUUGGAUUAAGACUGGAUUAGGUAUUCUAUAUACUAAAGAAGGUAUUGAGCCUUUUGUAUAUGAUGAAAUAGAACAGUUCCAGAAGAAAAGUUUGAGUGACAUUUGCAACAACAACGGACUUCCUGCUAGUACCACGUGUUCUAAUUGCUGUACAGAAAAUGUUGUUGUUUGUCCUACAAAUAGAAUUUGUAAUGUAGGACGUGGGAAAUGCAGUUUCCAUAGAAAUUAUGCAACGCAGUAUCUCCCAUCUGGCUGCCCUAACAAGAUAUGUCAUAAUUUCAAAAAUGAAAUCCGGAAUGCUCAUCGAUUAUACGGACCAUCCUAUAAAAACACUGACGCUACCCAAUGGUGCAGCAAUCCGUGGGAAGUUGCUAAAUGUUUUAUGCCGCCUGACGGUUACAAGGAUGUGACGAGUGCAGCAGAGGCAGAUUUCAAUGGAAUCAGCAGUGUUAUCAUCAACUAUAAAGCCUUUCAACCAAAGAUUCACGAUGACCUUAGCAAGAGAAACAAUAUUUUUAAGCAGGCUAGAGAGGUAGGAAAGGCUGUCCGACGUUCCUCACAUUUAGAGGUGGAAGAUGAAGAUCUGCACCAGUACUUUAGCAUUUUACAGAAUGUUCUGUCAGAUCCCGGAUAUUUGGCUUCUAAUUCCGCUUCACAAAAUGCUAGAAAGAAAUUAUCACAGCUUCAAAAUGAUACCUUGGUCAUUGGUAUAGGCGAUAUCCGAAAAGUGCUGGAUGACGUUGCUAAGGCUAUUGAGGAUGAACUAAGAACUGAAAAAGAUGAACACAAGAGGGAGGCUAUAAAGCAAAAGUUGGAACUGAUCAGAAUCACAAACAAGUCUGUUAAUGUAUUUGAAAGACAAGAAACAAUGUCAUGGUCUGAGCUAGAUAAAGCAUUACAGCCUGCAUUUGACGAAAUAGAAGUGCAUACAAAGGAAGCAAUAAUGGAGGAACACUCAACACGUAAGAAACACCAUCAUGAAGCUGAGGAUUUAGAUACCGUUCCUUCAGAUAUGGAUCUAGAGAAGAUUGCACGGGCAAUAGGAUUUAAUUGGGAGUUACUUGGACUUCAUCUUGGACUUACUAAAAGGAUGAUUGACCAUAUACGAAUAGCCCAUGAUACUUCAAGUAAACGGAAAAUUCAAAUGUUAUACAACUGGCGGAAUGAUCAAGGACCAAAUGGCACUAAACGAAACCUUAUUACGGCCUUAAGAAAUCAGCUGUUCACGAAUAUUGACUGGGAAACACUUGAACUAUUUUUCCCUGAUGCUCCAAAAUACAAGCCAAGAGAAGAACGUGAAGAGGUUAUAGAAUCGGCUGAUCAUAAAGAGGUAGACACAUUCAAAACUUACUUAGACAAAGUUUGGGAAAAACUUGUAGAUCACAUGAUUCCAGAUCCUAUACUUAACAGUUCAGUAUUCGAUGUUCGAGAAACAAGAGAUAUUAUGAAAGAAAAAAUCACAUCAGAAAAGAACAGGGGUAUAUUGAGAAAGUUCAGAUCUAAGGGUGCAGUUGGUUAUAAAAGCUUAAAGACAUGCCUGAUGAACACAAAACAGACGCUGUUGGUCAAGUUACUGGAAUGUAUCGAAAAAGAUGAAGACACAAGCUUGUUGGAGAAACAACUUCAAGAUGAGAUGAUGGAAAAAAUGCAUAAAGUGUUUAAAGGUGAAGAGGUUAUAGAAUCGACUGAUCAUAAAGAGGUAGACACAUUCAAUACUUACUUAGACAAAGCUUGGAGGAAACUUGCAGAUCACAUGAUUCCAGAUCCUAUACUUGACAGUUCAGUAUUCGAUGUUCGAGAAACAAGAGAUAUUAUGGAAGAAAAAAUCACAUCAGAAAAGAACAGGGGUAUAUUGAGAAAGUUCAGAUCUAAGGGUGCAGUUGGUUAUAAAAGCUUAAAGACAUGCCUGAUGAACACAAAACAGACGCUGUUGGUCAAGUUACUGGAAUGUAUCGAAAAAGAUGAAGACACAAGCUUGUUGGAGAAACAACUUCAAGAUGAGAUGAUGGAAACAAUGCAUAAAGUGUUUAAAGAUACAGAUCCUGAGCUGCAUGCAGAGGAAAUUGCGUAUAUUCGACGAAAAGAACAGCUGAAGGACGAUCUGGCUGCCUUCUACAAUGGAAGAUUCAGUACCAUACCGCUGUCACCGUUGUUCGAGGAACACGACACUCCCCUUAUGGACUUUUACAUUUUGCCUGAAAUGAAUUUCUUUGAAAAACAAAAGCAAACGCCAGCUGGGGAAGAAACUAAAACUCCAGUCAAGUCGUUGUCAGACAUAUUCAGGUCUGAAAACAGUCGUGAAAUAUAUUUAACCGCUGAUGCUGGAUUUGGGAAAACUUCAUUUUCAAAAUAUCUUGCUCUCACGUGGUGCCAGACUCAUCGUCCCUAUAAGAAUUACAGAAAGUAUUUCUCAGAAGAUGCGAUAAACGCCAUGGGUGAUUUUGAAUUUUUGUUUCUUGUGUUAUUACGGGAUUCUUCUGAUGAGUGCAGCAUUGAUGGUUUGAUAAUGAAUCAAAUAAUCCUAAAUUUGUCUUUCUCUUCCGCUAUGACAGAAGAUUUUUUACAGGAAAUUCUGCAUCGUGAAAGUUGUUUAGUGAUACUAGAUGGACUAGAUGAAUGGAUCCAUCCUGAAAAGAAAUGUACAAAAAUACCAAAAACGAUUCCUCAUCGUAAUGCUUGCGAAAAGCAUGUAACACUUUCCACGACAAGACCUUGGAAAUUUAAUGCCUUAGAUUUUAAAACUAGUGAAAUAGGUAUGAAAGUGGAACUAGUAAAACUAAAAUCCGAGUCAGCACAGAAAUUAGAGGAAAGGGCAUUUUCAAAAUUAAAGAAAUAUGAAGCGAAAGAGUUUGCCAAACAUUUUAAUGAACAAAUAAAAGAAAAUAAACUCGAGGAGCUUGAAUCCGAUCCCCUGCUUUUAAUGUAUCUCAUUUGUUUAUGGUUUGACAAUAUUUCACUAGGACAGUCAAAGUGUGGACUGUAUGCAAGCAUUAUUGAACUCCUGCUGAAUAGAACUAUACGCAAAUAUCCGGAAAUGGACAUAAUGUGCGAACUCUCCCAGAGUGAUAUCCCACAAUGCUUCAGUGAACAUGCAUAUUGUACUAAAUACUUCGCAUAUCUGAAAGCUUUAGGACAGUUAGCAUUUGAAACUUUACUCAGUGAAACAAAGGAGAGAACACUUGUUUUCAACAAGUCAGUUGUUUUCAACAAGUCAGUGGCAGAUAAGUAUCUGUCACCAGAUUAUUUAAAAUUAAGUCUUCACUCGGGAAUACUAACAUCAAGUACUAAUAAGGCAUUUACCAAACAGACGUCUAAAGUUUCGUUUUCUCACAAAACAGUACUUGAAUUUUUUUGUGCAUUACACAUUAGCUGUCAAAAUGAAAGUAAUGUCAAAAACACCUUUCUUGAUAAAUACAAAAGUUCACAAAGUAUUCUUGACUUGUCCACAGUGUUCGAUUUCAUCAAAGGAAUGGGGAACGCAGAAAUCAUGUCUUCAUUAUCACAAUGUUUGUUGGAAAGCGGACAUAGCUUUAGUGAAGAAAAUAAGCCGUUUUUGCACGCAGUUGACCAGCGAAACAGGAGAUACUUACAGGAUACAUGUAAGCAAUUUGGAAUAAAUUCGGAACAAGUUGAGGUGUUGACUAAAGAGAUAUGCAACGACAUUAAAACAGGAUCUGCUAAUAUAUUACGGGUAUGGCCAGCAUACAGAGAAAACAACAAAAUGGAAAUUGUGUUUGUAGUUAUAACAGAAAAAAGUGUAGCAUCACCAAAAGACAUAAAUUAUGAUCAGGAUUUUGAAAUCGUUUUAAGAGCAGACGGAGAUACAAAUGAAGAAAAUAGAAUAGUAAUUGAACGCGAAGUUGAAACAAAUACUUAUAUAAGUGAUGCACGAAGUGAGGAACUCCGAAAUGUAAUCAAUGAAUGUUCUGAUACUUUAUGGAAGCAGCAUAGUAAUAUUACAAUGAUUUCUGCAAGUUCGAUGAAGUCUUAUGGCUACCUGGACAAUAAUCAUGAGAUAGAAAGAGAAGACUGCAUUACAUUGUUUGUGCAUAUCAAAGGAUUAAUUCCAAUUAAAGAGAAGUGUUUUCCCAAAACGUUGGGAGGUUUUAAAGUUGAUAUUCGUGAAAAUGUUUUUCAGGUAUAUAUUAGUGGAAAACCAAAUGACUCACAUCAAGAUUUAAAAAUGGGAUGUCAAAUUGGUCUGUAUGAGGUGGAUGGUUAUGGAACACUCGGAGGAUUCAUUGAGCAUCCACAACAUGGAGUGUGUCUAUUAACAUGUGCGCAUGUUUUGCUUGAUGCUAAAGAUUUGCAAAUGAAUGAGACACCUCCAGUUAUCUGUUAUCAACCCAGUUUCGAUCAGAAGGCCAUCUCUAGUCAUUUACGCUGUGGUGAACUUAAACACCACAGAAUAGGUAAAGUAGAAGAUGGAAAAGCAUUUGUUGAUGCUGCGUUAGUGAAAAUAGAUGAAUCAAGGAAGCCGGUUAGUGGAAAUUUUCCUGAAAUAAGCUCGGUUGAUCUUGCGAAGUCUGGGUUUGAUGCAGAUUCUACAGUAGAAUACACAUCUGGAAUGGUUUACAAAAUAGAUGAAUUAAUUCGUCGAAAAGAAAACCGUAUUGUGAAAUAUGGUGCCACUACGCUUUUGAAGCAGGGACGAUACCAUUCUAAUACAGCAAAUGUGAUGGUGAAUAACUUUAUUCUUAGAAACCAGAUUCAGAUAAAUGAUGUAAAAAACUGUGGAGCAUUUGCUGAUCGGGGUGACUCUGGAGCUCUUGUGUUUAGUGUCUCUGAAAAUGGACUCGCCGCUGUAGGUCUUUUGUGUGGUGGAGGUGAAGGAUACGCAAUUGUAACGCCAAUAUGUGAUAUACUCCAUGCGAUCGGUUAUUCACCACCGUACUCCCUUAAAAUAUUCGACAAAGUUGAUGACUGGAUUGUAGAUGCCGAAAUAAAUCCAAAAAGUAAUUAUUUUAAUCUAUUAUCUAGAAGUAUCGAAGUUUGUUUGUGGCUUUCUCGCAACCUUUAGCGCAAUUAUGCGGUAAGUUUUUUGCUAUUAAUUUAAAGUAUCCUUUAAAGGACAUGUAUUUCGACUAGACUCAUAAGACAUAGUUCAUAAACUGUGUUACGUCUAGAAUGUUUAUAUAGAUGUUGGUCAUUUUUAAGAUAUGUUCAGUACUAAACCGACAAAUUUCAGUAUAACAAUACUCAGUGUGAAUCUUUCACAUGCCUUAACAUGUAUUUACCGGGAGAAACGAAUAGUUUUUUUUUAAAG